AUGUCUUCCUCCCCACCGCCGAGCACCAACGACCUCCUCUGCGAAACCCUACCGCCUCCAAAAAUCGGUGUUGUCAUCUGCUCGCAGCGCCAGCCGCGGAUUGGGGACCAGAUCGGGACCUUCAUUUUCCAGAGCCUCAAGCAGCACCAACAACAACAGCAAGCCAGCCAACACGAGUUUCCCGAUGCUCAGCGGCCUUUUGAACUCUCGCUGAUCGACUUGGCGGAUCACCCGCUCCCGUUCUUCGAUGAGCCCGGCAUUCCACAGCGCAUCACGAACCCACAGGACUACACCCACGAACAUACCCGCGCGUGGUCCCGAUUAAUCACGUCCCACAAGGCAUUCGUCUUCGUCACACCCCAGUACAACUGGGGCUACCCGGCCAAUCUCAAAAACGCCAUUGACUACCUCUUCAACGAGUGGGUGGGCAAGCCCGCCAUGGUCGUGUCGUACGGCGGCCACGGGGGAACACAAUGCGCCGGGCAGCUGAAACAGGUCCUCAGCGGCGUCCGGAUGAAGGUCGUGCAGAAGAGUGUCGGAUUGGCGUUCCCGGGUCCUGGAAGGGAAUUCCUCGUCAGGGCUGCCAUGGGCGAGGAUCUGGGGUUGGACGCGGCCGGGGGAGGACUGUGGGCUAAUGAGGUGGGUGAGGUGAAAGUGGUCUUUGAUGAAUUGGUGAGGCUGUUACAUGACGAAUGA